CAAGUUGCCCAAGAAGACAAGAAAGGAGAGACACCAGUCAGAAGAGAGGUUUAGAGUGACAAGAUCAUGGCGAGUGCAAAGGCAAUGGGGCAGGCAGAGAGAGAUCACUUUGUUCUCAAGAGCGGGCAUGCUAUGCCGGCCGUUGGAUUAGGCACUUGGAGAGCCGGCUCAGAUACUGCUCACUCCGUUCAAACAGCCAUCACUGAGGCUGGAUACAGGCAUGUCGACACAGCUGCUCAAUAUGGCAUAGAAAAGGAGGUCGGCAAAGGGCUUAAGGCUGCAAUGCAAAAUGGAAUCGACAGGAAAGAUUUGUUCGUGACGUCAAAACUAUGGUGCACAAACUUGACUCCUGAGAGGGUGCGACCAGCAUUGGAGAACACACUCAAGGAUUUACAGUUGGAUUAUAUUGAUCUUUACCUUAUCCAUUGGCCGUUCCGACUGAAAGAUGGGGCACACCAGCCUCCGGAAGCUGGGGAAGUGUUAGAAUUCGACAUGGAGGGAGUAUGGAAGGAAAUGGAAAACCUUGUGAAAGAUGGACUAGUUAAGAACAUCGGUGUCUGCAAUUACACGGUGACCAAGCUGGACCGGCUGCUACGAUGUGCAAAAAUUGCACCGGCAGUAUGCCAGAUGGAAAUGCACCCUGGCUGGAAGAACGAUAAGAUUUUUGAGGCAUGCAAGAAGCGUGGAAUCCAUGUUACUGCCUACUCUCCAUUGGGUUCUUCAGAAAAGAACCUUGCUCAUGACCCUGUUGUUGAAAAGGUAGCCAACAAACUAAACAAGACCCCAGGGCAGGUGCUCAUCAUGUGGGCUCUGCAGAGGGGAACGAGUGUUAUCCCGAAAUCAAGUAAAGAUGAGAGGAUCAAGGAGAAUAUCCAGGUGUUUGGAUGGGAGAUCCCCGAGGAAGACUUCCAGGUCUUGUGCGGCAUCAAAGAUGAGAAGCGUGUCCUGACCGGAGAGGAGCUGUUCGUGAACAAGACCCACGGGCCGUACAAGAGUGCAUCGGAGGUCUGGGAUAACGAGAACUGAGUUUACGUGCUGCAGCCUGUGAUGUUGAAGA